GAGUUACUACCGAUUUCGCGAAUUCGACCGAUUUGUGUUAGCAUUUCUAGUUCCAGUUUUAUCUUUAUCCGACAUGAUUGGGGAGCUAGUCAUAGUUUCACUGUGCACAAUUUUCGUUCAAGCUGUGUCAAAUGAAUAUAACAACAAGCGUCAAGCAAUAAUAGAUGCCGAGAACAAAUACGCAACUGGAGGCCAUUCAUUUCUCACGGCGAAAGAGUCCCAAGCAAAUAAAAUACUGCUGAGCUUGAAGAAUCAGUCGAUCAGCGAUGGAAUAAUUAAUCCUGAUUCGUAUGCUCCGGGAAUGCAUUUUUUUCACGCCAAACAUUUGAUUGAUAGUAGCGAUAUUUUUAAAAUUAUAAAGGCUAUUCCCAAAGGCUCAGUGUUGCAUCUGCAUAACGUGGCGGCUGUUAGUUCGGAAUGGAUUAUCAAAAAUCUGACAUAUCGCCCGGAAGCGAAACUUUGUGAGUCGAACGGUAAUUUUUUUUUCACUACAAGAAUAUCGCACCAUUGUCCAAAAGAAUCUGUCAAAAGUAUUCAACAGUUGCGAAAAGAAAACGGAACAGAAGAAUCGUUUGACAUUUGGUUGGAAUCGCUUAUAAAUUUGAAACUUCGAAAUCCCGACCUGAUGCGCAGAUCCAUAAACCACGUAUGGGAUGAAUUUGAACAGAUGUUUUCAGCGCUCAAAGAAAUGGUUUCUUAUAAACCGUUUUUCGAAGAUUUUCACAAGCAGCUUCUGAAAGAAUUUUACGAGGAUAAUGUUCUUUACAUCGAGCUUCGAAUGUCACUCUCGCGUUUGUACGAUGAAAAUGACAGAACGUAUGAUGAAUUUGAAGUAGCAAAAAUAAUUGGCAAACUUGUGGAAUCAUUCAAACAGGAAAAUUCGGAUUUUAUGGGAGCAAAAAUUAUCUAUUCAAAACAUCGUGGGAUGGACAACAAAGCCGCUCAGGAUCAAUUGAACACGUUCGCAAACUUGAACAAGGACUUUCCCAACUUGGUGAUUGGAUUUGAUCUUGUGGGACAGGAAGAUAUCAACCAACCACUGUCGGUAUUUAUGGACGAACUGCAAACAUCUCAAAAGUCGACGGCUUACUUUUUCCAUGCAGGAGAAACAAACGGAUAUGGAAGUGCUGCCGAUCUUAACUUGGUAGACGCCAUGAUUUUAAACACACGACGGAUCGGUCACGGUUACUCUCUGUACAAACAUUCCGUGCUUUGGCGAGCGAUUAAGAGUAAAGGUAUUGCACUGGAAGUUUGUCCCCUGUCCAACCAGGUACUGCGGCUGGUGGACGACCUUAGAAAUCAUCCGGCUGUGUUUUACGUGUCGGAAAACAUUCCUAUUGUAAUAUCCUGUGACGAUCCAGGAUUUUGGGACAGCAAAGGCAUCAGCUAUGACUUUUACUAUGCGUUUAUGUCAAUUGCAUCAAGCUCGGCUGGAAUCGGAUUUCUCAAACAAAUUGUAUGGGAUUCGGUUCGGUAUAGUUCACUAACAACACAAGAAAGGCAACAGUUCUCGCAAACAUUACAAGCUCGGUGGGAUAGCUUUAUGGACGAAUUGAUAGCCGGAAAACUUAUUGCAAAUGAUUGUGUUUAGAAUUUUCACUUAAUUGGUUUGAAUGUUUUUGUUGAAUAAAAUUUCUACAACAUAUUACAA